AUGAAAAAUUAUACCGCGCACAAACCAGUUUUGUUCGACCCGAGCGUCCCCUACGAUCCGCUAGAAAAAUCAGAACGAAUUUCCCUAUUCACAGAUCAAGAAACGCUGGUCACUACAUACCCUAACAAAUGUAUAUCCAUCUCGCUCUUGUCCACAGCGAAAACGGCGAUAGAACGAAGUGGAGGGUCUCAUGCAUAUGAUUAUCGGAUGAGAAUGAUGGAAUAA